CUUGGAUGGACUGAAUGAGUUAUAAUUUGAUGGACUAAUUUUGCCACCUCUAUAUUAGGCCAAGAUAGCUUUUAGUUCUUUCAUCAACUUUAUCCUCUUCUAUAUAUACACGGAGAGUCAACAAGUUCCGGCCAUUUAUUUCCAUCUUUGCUUCUAUUACUCAAAAGACUAAUGAAGGACUUCAUUGAAGAGUGAACCAUUAUCACUCUUUAGGCCUCCAAUAUAAUUGAUUUGAAGCAGUGAAAGCUACUUGACGGAAAGGAGAGGAGCUCCAAUCACUCUACUUCCACGGUCAUAUCGAUAACUCGAAUGCUGAAACAUCCUUCCAUCCCUCACUGAAUCUGAUCUACCUGCUCGAAAACCUACCUCUAUAUGGAAAUAGAGGCAGCAUCUACUGAUCUUGAAAAGGGUGUGGCAUUAGGAACAGAGGGUGCAGCAUUAUGUGGAAUACAGAAUAGCGCAUCAUAUUUGACUUGGGAAGAUGUAACAGUUAUGUUACCAAAAUUUGGAGGAGGACCAACAAAAAGAUUACUCAAUGGACUAAGUGGUUAUGCUGAACCUGGUAGAAUUAUGGCUAUUAUAGGUCCUUCCGGUUCUGGCAAAUCCACUCUUCUUGAUACUCUGGCAGGCAGACUCUCAGCAAAUCUUGUCAUGACUGGAAGUAUUCUUCUAAAUGGGAAGAAGAGAAGGCUUGACCAUGGUUUUGGUGCUUAUGUGACACAAGAAGAUGUACUAAUGGGAACUCUAACAGUGAGAGAAACCAUCCAAUACUCAGCUCAAUUGAGGCUCCCAAGCAACAUGACUAGACAAGAAGUAAAGGAAAUUGUAGACAAUGUUAUAUCAGAGAUGGGAUUGGAGGAUUGUUCAGAAACUUUAAUUGGGAAUUGGCAUUUGAGAGGAAUAAGUGGUGGUGAAAAAAAGAGAUUAAGCAUUGCACUUGAAAUAAUCACACAACCACAACUCUUGUUUCUUGAUGAACCUACAAGUGGACUUGAUAGUGCUUCUGCAUAUUUUGUUGUUCAAGUACUUAAGAAUAUUGCAUGUGGUGGUGGUGGAAGUGGAAGGACUAUAAUAUGCUCAAUUCAUCAGCCAAGUAGUGAAGUUUUUGCUCUGUUUGAUGACCUUUUGUUGCUAUCUUCUGGUGAAACUAUUUAUUUCGGAGAAGCUAAACUGGCAGUUGAGUUUUUUGGUGAUUCAGGAUUUGCAUGUCCAACUAGAAGAAAUCCAGCGGACCAUUUUCUUCGAUGCAUUAAUUCAGACUUUGAUGAUGUUACUGCCACUUUAAUAGGGUCCCACAGAAUAAAUGAAACCAAAGAGUCCUCAGGAUCACUUGUUUAUUUGCCAACAGCAGAGUGUAGAGUAAGGCUUAUUCAAAAUUACAAAUAUUCAAAUCAUAAACUGAGGACAACGGCUAGAAUUCGUGAUCUCACAAAUAGUAAAGAUAUUGUAUUUAAAGAAAGUGGAGGGAGCCAAGCAAGAUGGUUAAAGCAACUAUGUACAUUGAUAAAGAGAUCAUUGAAGAACAUGAAUAGAGAUUUUGGGUAUUAUUGGUUGAGGAUUAUAGUGUAUAUUAUACUAUCAAUUUGUGUUGGUACUGUUUUCUAUGAUGUUGGAACUGGACAUAAUGCUGUAAUUGCAAGGGGGGCUUGUGCUGGAUUCAUUUCUGGCUUCAUGACUUUCAUGUCCAUUGGAGGCUUUCCAUCUUUCAUCGAAGAAAUGAAGAUAUUUGAUAAAGAAAGGAAGAGUGGACACUAUGGUGUUGGUGUGUUCAUUCUUUCAAAUUUCAUUUCAUCAUUCCCAUUCCUAGUUGUUAUGUCUUUGAGCUCAGUAGCCAUUACAUACAACCUGGUGAAGUUCCAUCCCGGCUUCUUCCAUUUUAUGUAUGCCGCAAUUAUUCUCUGGAGCUCCAUUGCUGUUGUUGAAAGUUGCAUGAUGCUUGUGGCUUCCUUUGUUCCGAAUUUCACUAUGGGUCUUGUUGUUGGUGCUGGACUUCUUGGAAUUAUGAUGGCCUCAGCUGGUUUUUUCAGGCUAAUGCCUGAUCUUCCAAAGGUCUUUUGGAGAUACCCUAUUUCAUAUGUUAAUUACAUGGCAUGGGGCUUACAGGGUGCAUACAAGAAUGAUUUAAUAGGACUAGAGUUUGACCCUGUAAUGCCAGAUGAUCAAAUGAAGAAGAUGAAGGGUGAAGUACUUAUCAGCUCAGUACUUGGAUUUUCAGUUAAACACUCCAAAUGGUGGGAUUUGGGUGUUGUAAUAGUUAUUCUCAUAUCAUACAGAUUGGCUUUCUACAUAAUUCUCAAGCUAAAGGAAAGAGCUUUACCAGUUUUGUACACAUUAUAUACACAAACAACUCUCCAACAUCUUAGUAAAAGACCUUCAUUUAGAAAAACACCAUCUUAUCCAUCAAAAAGACACCAUCAUAUCCACUCAUUGUCUUCUCAAGAAGGCCUUAAUUCCCCACUCCAUUGAGAACUUCAUUAGGAUUAUUCGAAAGUAUUGGCUGUCUGAAGUGUAAGGGAAAAACUCGAAUUUGGAUAUCCCUAUGCCACAGGGUCUUUUAUUAAGAUGUAUUAGAAAAAACAAUACAUGUAUUAAGUUUGGUAUUAUUUAAUCCUUUAUUUGGUAGAA